GGGUGCAUAUUGGCCCACACCUCCCUCCACUGUAUAAGAACAGCUGCUGCAGACCCAAAGUUUACACAAGAACUGAACAAGCUGCAGCUGGAGAGGGGCCAAGGAGAAAAGGCUAUAGGGACGAGAACACCGAUCAAACCAGAAGGAAAAUGGCUCUCCUUCUUCUUGUGAUCCUGUAUUUUGUGUCGGCGUCACCUUCGGCGACAUUGGCUGCGCCAAAGAACACGUGCAAGUUUGAACUUGCUAGUAUCGCCGUGAUCUCCUGCCAAGAGUCUGUGCAGUCUCCUACACCUUCGUGCUGCGAGGCUCUUAUUUAUGCGGUGGAUCUGGAGCCAGAGUUUGAGUUAGACAAGGGUUCGUGUUGCCUAUGCAAAUUUAUGGCUGCACGGGAUAUUCCCUUUGAUCUUCCAUCCGUGUAUCGUUCUUGUCAUGGCAAAGACUCUGACAUAGUUGCGGGGUGGCCACCAUACAUGAAAAAUUGCAAUGAUGUCUGUUAUGAGGACGAUGUCGAUGGGCAUACACCAGUCCCGCCUGCCCCUUUUGCUAAGGGCAAACAAAGCCGGAAGUCGAUAGGUUUAAGAGCCGUUGUUGCAAUAAUAAUUGGAGCCACUUUGAUUAUUGGGGUGUUACUGUGUUGUGUCUACUACAAGUGCCCGCGUGGCAAGGCACGCGAGUCUCCUGCCACUAGUGACGACGAUUCUGUGAGAGGAGGUGCUGGUGUGGAGAUGGGGGUGAUAGAGCGGAACUUGUCAUCCAGGAAUCUGCUGUAGAAGCAGAACCUUGCAGCACCGGCGUGACCACGGCGACAACGGCAUGUCGGCGUUGUCUUGGCCUCUACUUUUAGUUGCGUGUUUUGGCUUGCAUGUCAUGCUGUGUGUUUUGGCUUGCAUGUCUUGCUGUAUGCUUAUGUCAGGUAACCAUUGUUAAGAACUAGCGAGUACUGUUUUAAAGAAGGCAUUUGUUGGCCAGCUACAGAUGUGAGAUGUCAAAUCGAUGUUAUGCCACCCACCGAGUUGUUCACUCCAAUCGACUUCUUCUUUCUACCGGUAGUCCUUUCUUUAGUCCGCCUGAGUU